UCGUCUUCGUGCUCGUGUCACGUGACGACCUAGGCACUCCAGCGUUAGCCAAUCAUUGCAGCGCACUGGCUCACUGCUCUCGCUCGGCAGUGUCCAGGUCUGUUGUUUUUCUCGAUACGGGGGAUUACGUAGCUAGAUACUGUUUUCUGAUUGGUUGAUGACUGGGGAGAUUCAGCAGUUAUUUUUAGCAUGGUUGCUGCCAGGUUUUGACUGGAGAGUGCGCUCCCAGCGUUAACCACGGCCGCCAUAUUUCGCUAAUUCUUGUUAGUGCAGGAAUGCCUGUACAUUAUCAUAUGUCUUGUAUAUGCUGUUAUUCUUUGAAUAAAAUAUUUUUCCGUGUCAUGUGUCAUUAUUUUUCACCAUGAUCUUGUAUGUUCUAUACUCUUCCGCAUGUGUGUAGUCUUAUUAUUAUAAACAUGUUGUGUUAGUUUUGUGUAGGCUUGUACCUAUCUAGUUAGGAUCGUAUUUUUAGUUAGUGUUGUGACUUGGCGGGUAGGGUCCCAACUGUUAGUGUAUCCCUGGCCUUGUUGAUGAUAGCUGUACCCUUUUACCAUCUGGGUUGUGGCUUUGGGAUCGUCAGUGGGUUUCCUGUUCGCCGGGUGCGCUUCUUGCAUGCGUUCCUAUUGAAUGGCGUCCUUCUAUUUGUUACAGAUGAACUCUAUGGCUCCAGUCGUCGAUGACACUUUAGCUUUUACCUUUACGGUAAAUUAUGCUAAUAAGCGUAGUCAUUUUUCGGAGGAAUUUACCCCGGAAAUGAUCUCGCGCCUUAUCCAAUUUAAGAAAACUGCAGGGAAUAUUGGGACUUUGCGCGAACUGCAACAGGCGGUAUAGGACCCUCUAGACUGUCGCUGCCUGGAUGUAGAUUUUGCACCCAAUUCCCUGUUGUGGAGGGAUCCCUGUGCUCAGCAGGGUGGGGUAACGGUUGGUGGGGGUCCAGCUGCGGCUUCCCCCUCCCCGGCCGUUUAUCAAUCACCUGCUGGCCCAGUCACCCACGGAGGCGCACCCUCACUUACCUACUCUUAAUUAUUAUGUCUUACAGAUAAUGACCGAAAAGAAGACAUGAGCCUAUGGAGGUGGGCGAGGCGGGCUCAGUCCCCUCACCAUCCCCCAGGACCAGCCGUCUGGUGAGUCAGUUCCUACGGGGGCUGGCCCUCAGGCAGGCACUGAAAUGCCAGCAGCUGUGGAGUCUGGCUCCCACGGGGGCCACCUUCCAGCCAUGGAGGGUUUGCAGAUAGGGGAGGCCGAGGACCUCCUGUUGGCAUCAUCCCCUCCAUCACUCCAGGACCCCCCACUACUCCCUCAGCAAGCGUCAGAGGCCACUCUUUCCUUUUGGGAAGAUGUGACCCUGACCAAGUCAGGGCCCAUUGACGACCGUGGGGUUUUCAAGGCCAAGGUCCGUCAGGGGGAGUGGACCACCACACUUCUCAUACGUAUCGGGGACCAGGGUGAGACCCCUCUUAGCCGGGACGCCCGUUGGUACACCAGCGACGGCCUGGGAGGGGCAAGUUGGCCCGCCACGGUGAUGGCCGGCCCGGACAAGCAGGGUAUUUACACCUGCUCGAUCCCGUGGCAGGCCACAUCGGGUAAACCAACUACCCUGGGAAUUGCCCUAAGCCACUUUGAGGCCAAACGUCAGCCGGCCUCAGGUUUUGGAGGCCGGGAUAUCCGAUUCCAGGAUGUCCCAGUCGCAGCGGCCCGUACUCCUGUGGGAGCUGGCCCUGCAAGCUUUGCCGUCGCAGUUGCGGGUGUUGCCACGCCAGGGCCAGCAGAGCCGCUGCUGCGCUCUGCUGGCGCGAGCGUAGCAGCGGCUCCGGUGCGUCGGGACGCUGUCGAUGCCGCGUUGCAGCGCAGCAGCGCGACCCGACCUACAUCAGUGGUUGAUUCAUACAGCGGUCGUGGGCGGUUUCUGGCAACCUCCACAGGGAGCAGAGCCAUCGGUCUAGGGAUUGUCGCCUACUCGGCCGCCGGUUGUGUUCCGUCCGUGGUUGGAUUUCAGGCUCUGCCCAGACGAGCACCUGUUCCACCACCGGUUGAGGAUGAUGUGAAAGCAGCGCUGCAGGAGGCGUAUAAUAGCCAUCAACGACUCCUCAGAGUGGUCGCGGCAUCUAGAAGCUGUGAGAGCCGGGAGCGCGCAGAUUGGGAGCGCGCGGCCUGGGUAUUGCAGCUUGCGCUCGACAAUCUUCGAUGCCUGGUCGAGCGCUCGGGCGAUCCGCUCUAGCCGUCGGACCGCCUGUAAGGACUGCUGUGGUGGCCGUUGUUCCUGCGGGAACCGGCCCUGCAGUAGCAAGAAACAAACAAACAAACAAA